UGCCCAACAAUUGCACAAAUUAUAUCCAAAAAAGAACGCACAAACGCAACAAAUAAUGGUCUAAGUUGAGAGACUGAAACUGAUGGAACAGUUUUCAGGCCAGACCAAGGCUCUACUGAGGCCUUUCCCCAAAGCUAGCUCUGUGGUCACGUGGGUCGGAUGCUCAUUAAUUAUACAGAAUUUUAGGCUUUUAAAACACUUAAACAGAAGAGUGAGAAAAAAUUCACCCCCCUCAGAGUUGUCAUGAGUGUAAACUAGAUCAUUUAAACCAAAAACAUGUUUUGGUACCAGGCUGUAAACAUGUUUAUUUCUGCUCUGAAUUUAGUAUUUUUAACAUGGGAGUCAAUGAAGAUUUGCUCGCUUCUGACACCAGCCCCUAGUGGAUGAGGGUGGAACUGCAAUUUAUUUCACUUCCGCGUUUGCCUCAAUUUUUCACCCGCAUUGUGGGGGCUUGUGGCCCACUCACAUUUUCAAGGUUGUUUCCUGACAUUGAUUCUGGUGCCGUUAUCUCUGAUUUAAGACCUGUCCUGUCGGCCUUGUUGGCCAAACUUGGCAGGGUAUGUGUUCUCAAUGGUGUUGGACUAAAGUAGAUCAUUGUGCUGCGUUGGUGUCUGUGUUUAUCCACCAGUGUAGAUAAGGCCCUCCUUUUUCCCCUAGAGGGAAGUGCUGGUGUUCCACGGGGACAGAGUCACAUACGGAGCCAGCGGGCAGGUGAGGUAGCCAGCUUUCAACAGGGAGGUCCUCAUGCGUGAUAAGUGAGAAGAAACAGCUGACCAACAGAAGGAGAAGAGUGAACACACAUUGUCUUCACGCAUAAGGACAACUUUCCAAGUUGACGUGGCAUCUUGUGACUUUUUCUUUGCACAACAGAAGAGGAAGAAAGAAGUGAAUCAAAAAGUCAGUGGAGCCUGUUGGGUGUUUCCUCAGUUCUCAGCCAUGGCAGCUGUGGGAAGAAGACGAGUGUAAAGGACCCCCCCCCAGUCUGAAGGAGUGUAAUUACCGAAGCUCUCGAUCACUCUUCGGUUUGUGGAUUUACAGUCAGCUGUGGAGUCACUGAGGGGAUUUCCUGCUGUAGAAGAAAGCUGGUAUGAAUGGCAGUUUGUCUUCUCUGCGUUCGGAGGCAGUGGGAGCCAUGAGGACCAUGCUGGUGUCUGCAGAGAGCUUACAGCUCACUCUAAAACCCGAGCUCAGUCAGGAGGAACAGGCCCUCACACACACCAGCAGCAAAGCCAAGGAAACGCACAAAGCCAGGAACGAAGACCUGAAGGAGAUGCUGGAGAGCAACAAGGAGUCACUCAAACUGGAGGCCAUGAAGAGGAUUGUUGGACUCAUUUCCAAAGGAAAAAAUGCAUCCGAGUUGUUUCCAGCUGUUGUGAAGAAUGUGGCGAGUAAAAACAUCGAGCUGAAGAAGCUUGUGUAUGUGUACCUGGUGAGGUAUGCAGAGGAGCAGCAGGAUUUGGCUCUGCUAUCCAUCAGCACCUUCCAACGAGCCCUGAAGGAUCCAAACCAGUUCAUCCGAGCGAGUGCUCUGAGGGUCCUGUCCAGCAUCCGUGUUCCUAUUAUCGUUCCCAUUAUGAUGCUGGCCAUCAAGGAGGCUGCCUCUGACCUGUCCCCUUAUGUCAGAAAGACCUCUGCACAUGCCAUCCAGAAGCUCUUCAGCUUGGAUCCAGACCAGAAGGAGCAGCUGAUAGAAGUGAUUGAGAAACUGUUAAAAGACAAAAGCACGCUGGUGGCGGGCAGUGUUGUGGUGGCCUUUGAGGAGGUGUGCCCGGAUCGCAUCGAUCUGAUCCACAAGAACUUCAGGAAGCUGUGCAACCUGCUGGUGGAUGUGGAGGAGUGGGGUCAGGUGGUCAUCAUCAACAUGCUGACGCGCUACGCCAGGACGCAGUUUACCAGCCCCUGGAGGGAGGAUGCCAUGUUUGACGAGAACAACGAGAAAGCCUUCUACGACUCCGACUCCGAGGAGAAGAAAGGCCAGGCGGAUGUGAAGACCUACAUCAUGGAUCCGGAUCACAGACUUCUGCUGAGGAACACCAAACCUCUGCUGCAGAGCAGAAACACUGCGGUUGUAAUGGCUGUUGCACAGCUUUACUGGCAUCUGGCUCCAAAACAUGAAGUCAGCAUCGUAACAAAGUCAUUGGUUCGACUCCUGAGAAGCCACAGGGAAGUUCAGUACGUCGUCCUGCAGAACAUUGCUACAAUGUCCAUUCAGAGGAAGGGAAUGUUUGAGCCGUACAUGAAGAGUUUCUACGUCAGAUCCACAGAUUCCACACACAUAAAGACUCUGAAGUUGGAGAUCCUCACUAAUCUGGCCAAUGAAGCCAACAUUUCCACCAUUCUUAGGGAAUUCCAGACCUAUGUGAAGAGCCAGGACAAAGCAUUUGCUGCUGCCACUAUUCAGGCUAUCGGCCGGUGUGCCACCAACAUCUCCGAGGUCACAGACACCUGCCUGAAUGGGCUGGUGCUGCUGCUCUCCAACAGAGAUGAGUCGGUCGUGGCUGAGAGCGUGGUGGUCAUCAAGAAGCUGCUGCAGACUCAGCCCAACCAGCACAGUGACAUCAUCAGUCACAUGGCCAAACUCUUUGACAACAUCACCGUUCCGAUGGCGCGGGCCAGCAUCCUUUGGCUGAUGGGAGAGUACUGCGAGCGGGUGCCAAAGAUCGCACCGGACGUACUCCGUAAGAUGGCAAAGACUUUCACUGUGGAGGAGGACAUCGUCAAGCUGCAGACGGUCAACUUAGCAGCCAAACUCUUCCUGACCAACUCUAAGCAGACUAAACUCUUGACCCAGUACAUAUUGAACCUUGGCAAAUACGAUCAGAACUACGACAUUAGAGACCGAACACGCUUCAUAAGACAGCUGAUCGUGCCCAGCGAGAAGAGCAGCACCCUCAACAAGUAUGCCCGACGCAUCUUACUGGCCUCUAAACCUGCUCCGGUUCUGGAGUCUGCUUUCAAAGAUCGAGAUCGUUUCCAGCUGGGAACCCUGUCCCACAGCCUCAACAUUAAAACAUCUGGGUACCAGGAGCUGUCAGAGUGGCCCGCUGUUGCUCCUGAUCCGUCUGUCAGGAACGUGGAGGUCAUAGAACCGGUGAAGGAGUGGGCACCAUCAGUUGGGAAGGCCAAACAGUCCAAGUCUGAAGACAAGUUCUACUCAGACGAUGAAGAGAAAGAAGAGAAUGCUUCUGACAGCAGUAGCAGUGAUGACAGUGACAGCAGCAGUAGCAGCAGUGAAGAGUCAGGCAGCGAGAGUGAAGAAGAGAGUAACGAAGAGUCAGAAAAGACAUCCAGUGAUUCUGGAAAAAGUUCCAGUGAGUCUGAAACUGAACCAAAGAACAACUCUAAGAAGGCGACUCGGAAGAAAAAACCUGCUGACAGUGAUUCAGAUGAGUCGGACUCUAAAGCUAGCAGCUCAUCGGCCGAAAGCUCCUCCUCCUCGGUGUCGGACUCUGACGAUGACUCUGAGCCCCCAGCUCCGCAGAAGAAGAGCAACGUAAAAGCCAGGCCUAAGGUGGAGGUGAAGUCCAAGAAAGAAGUGUCUCUAUUGGAUCUGGAUGACUUUUCUCCUGCACCUAUGAAUGCUCCAAAGCCUUCGGUCUUCUCUCCGAGUCUCCUGUCAGACCUGGAAGGUCUUUCUCUUUCUAAUGUGUCGUCUGCCAUGCAGGUCACCACUCCGUCCUUCGGCCCUAUGAAAACCUUCGAGCUGCUUCACCAUAUGACAGGGAAAGGAUUAUCAGCCAAAUACCAUUUUCCCAGGCAGCCAUGUUUGUACCAGCCCAGUAUGGUUUCAGUUCAGGUCAUUCUGACCAACGGCUCCGACCACACACUGGAGGAGAUCCAUGUAGGAGACCGGAGCCCAGCGAGCCUCCACAUCCACUGCUUUAACACCAUCGAGCGAUUGGAGCCAAGGGCCUCGGUGACUGUCUCCAUGGGUAUCGACUUCAGCGACUCGACACAAGCAGCCAACUUUCAGUUAUGCACCAAUGAGGACCAGUUCAGCGUGUCCAUUCAGCCUGCUGUAGGAGAGCUGCUAAUGCCCAGCACCAUGACAGAGGCAGACUUCUGCAAGGAACAAAAAAAGCUCCUGGGUAUGAAUGAGACGUCUGCCACCAUCACCAUGACAACAGCUAACACCUCUAGUCAGACCAUCAACAAGCAGGUCCUGUCGGUGGCGAACGUUGGAGUGGCUCCAUCCAGCCAGAACAACUUCCACAGGUUUGCUGGACGCACGGUCAGCAGCGGGGCGCUGGUCCUGGUCUCACUGGAACUAAAGGAGUCCUCCUCCGCUCUCCUCACCAUCAACACAGAGAAGAGCAUCAUGGCGUCCAUGUUGCUCCGAGACCUAAAACAAGCCCUCACCGAAGCAUAAAGUCUUUAUCUCAUUCACUUGGUAAUUAGGAGUACUUCUUAUCUGAUGGUUUUUAUUCCCACAUUUGGGGACAGCUCUGGUAGUCUUUGGGAGUUUGUGGUAUGUCUGUCUAAAAUCCAGUAGUUCAAUUAAAUUUCUCAUUAAAAUCAAGCCAACGUUGGAGAAAUUGAUUUCAGUAUUCCUUAUUUAAACCCACUCUGAAGGAAUUGUCCUGAAGUGUCAAUAAAAAUGUGAAAGUGGAGACAGUAUUGAUGGUCCUGUUUCAUGAAGCUCCGAAAGCAUCACACAAGUUUCAGAUGCCUGCUGGCAUCAGCAGAAACAUGGUGUUGAGAAUAUCCGACUGGAAUGAUAAAGGUGCCUCAAAAUAGUAAAACAUAAAAAUAUCAACGAUAUGUUCGAAUAAAUGCAUAGAAUAGUUGAAAGAUUAACCUAGGCUAAGAAAUAAAUAAUUCAGUGGAUUAAUUAUAAUUUUAUUAAGUUUUUUUGAAGGGGGCUUAUUUAUUAGUUAGGUAUUUUUGUUCUUAAUUAUGGUUUGUUUUGUUUAAUUUCUUAUUUGAAACUUUUCUAAAUUUAUUUAUCUAUUUCUUCACUGCACUUUUUGUAAUAAAAGCUCUAGUGUGCUCUAGGAAUUUCUUCCUUGUUAUUUGUCGCCGUGGUCAACGGUACAUAAGUUUUACGUUCCGUACAUGAAAGUCUGAAAUUGGUCGAUGCUUUGGAAAAGAUGACGAGCUUUCUCAGUGAGCAGUUAGGCUUCAGCGGGAAGUUUGUUCUGUCGAAGGAACACAGAACUCCCUUUCUGAAAAGCUUUUUUAUUUCUUAAAUCAGAACGGCCGACCAGUGUGACACUUUGUUUUAAGAGCUAUUCGUGCAUGAAAUAACAGUUAACGUGUUGGAACUUGAAGCUUUAAUUUUUAGAAACGUCAGAUGCAGCAGAAAAAAUGUAAGAAGCGAGUUACUGCGACAGAAAAACAAAUGGGGCGAGGUGCUAAAUAAAAAUAGGUUUUGAAAACACGUCACUGUUUAAUCUGUAGGUCUUAUAUCUGCCAAACUGACACAACCAUUUAGCUUUCCCAGUCCAGUCAUUAAACCAGUCACACAAACACACACACACACACACACGUCUUCCCACACUUUUCCGAUAUUUCCUUUUGUCUUCUUGUGGUUUUUGUGGCACCUUUAUCAUUCCGUAGGUCAGAAGUCAUUUCAGUUUUUUUGUUUGUAUUCUGUUGAAAUAUGACUACAAACUGCCAAACUCACAUAUAAGGAAACCAUUUGGCGCCCCCAGUCCAGCGGCCACUGAACCAGUCUCUCAUUAGUGCUUUGAUUGAAUUUAUGAUUCCUAAGAGUAGUAAUGAAAGAGUUUAUUUCUGCUUAUUGUUAUGAAGUUAUGAGCCGUGUGACAGCUUUAGUAAACCCAAUCAUUGACGGGGUUUUACAUUCCAUCGUUUAACCAAACUCCACGGAUGUUAAAGUGCCUUCAGUGUGCUAAAGUGUUUAGUAGAAGAAGCAGUUAUUGAUGUGGCUCAAAGUUUUUUUUUUAUCUGUAUGCAUUUUCUGAUCAAUAAAAUCUGACUUGAUCAAUA